UGGACUCACAUACUAUCCUUCUAUGAUACAGGAAUACUGCUUUACACAAGACAUCUACUGGAGCCUCUCAAGAACCCUGGUGUCUCACAUCAUGUACUGUCCCACGAGGUGACCCUCCACAGUACAUCAUCUCGCUUAUGUCACUAUCGAUUGAAUCUCGAGGUCGUUCUAGAGCCAUUUGAACAACCAACGCUUGCUCUUGGCCGCGGAAGCGGCAGGUGUUUCAGAGGGGCCCGAAUCAGUCUUGACAGUCUCGCGAUCUUUUGCUGCAAAGCGUCGCUUGUACUCCGCAGGGCUUUCAGCGAGGAUGCCGUUUACCCACAUUCCACGACGAGCCGCUCUGCAUAUUCCAUUUUUUGAGGAUGUGGAGUACUCGUGAGGAAGAUGAUGCACCUCGCUUCAGCUUCCACUCGCAAGAACUCUUCCUUGCCCCAUUUGCCGUAUUCAGCGCCAGCCUGCAGCAGUGAGCUCAUGUGCACUUUCCGUCACGGGCACGCCGACCUGUUCCCUACUCCCGGCCAAAAAUCGCGGCGGAAGCACAACAAGAGCCACCUGAUCUCUAUUGCCAUUCAGUGACUGGGAUAUGGCAGUGUGAACGCACGACACGAGAAUACUGAUCUCUCCGUAGCAGUUGGCAAUACACGGUCCUUCCCAGCACAGCAUGCCGCAACCAAGCAAGGCUUUCUUCAAAGAACGGUUGAGAUGGUCGACCGAAAUGAGCCCCCUUCAGGUAGUGAGUGGGGGUGGUCAAAUAGGCGAUGGAGGUAGACCUCUGGAGCGUCCACUCCAGCAAUACGGAUGUGCAGCGUCUUGUCCUUCAAGCCUAAAUGGCA